AUGAACAUCUCCCAGCUGUCCGCAGACCUGCAGUUCUGCUACGAGGGCCUCAACGGCUCCUGCGCCCGCCUCACCUACCCGCUUGCCAUGCGCUUGCCCUUCUACCUCUUCUUCCUGUCCACCAUCCUGCUCAUCGCCGGCGGCAACCUCCUGGUGAUGUGCACCAUCGCGCUCUUCCCCAAGCUGCGCACGCCCACCAACAUGCUGAUGGUCUCCAUGGCGCUGGCGGACCUGCUGCUGGGGCUGCUGGUCAUGCCGCCGGCCAUGGUCAAGUUCCUGGAGCGCUGCUGGUACUUUGGCGACGCCCUGUGCCAGCUGCACACCUGCGUGGACAUCACGCUGUGCAACGCCUCCGUGCUCCACCUCACCUGCAUCUCCAUCGACCGCUUCUACGCCGUGAAUCGGCCGCUGCAGUACGGGAAGAACAUGACCCGGCGCGUGGCGCUCGCCAUGCUCUCCCUCAGCUGGGCUAUGUCGGCGGCCUUUGGCGCCGCGGUGAUCUACUCCCCUCCCGAGGCCAAGCAUCACGACGACGGCGACGACGCAGACGCUGGCCACACCCGCUGCGUUGGAGAGUGUUCGGGGCUGCACGAGAAAGAGGCGGGCGUGUCCUACUUUUUCAUCUUCUACUUUGUCCCCCUGACCGUCAUGGUCACCCUUUACCUGAGAAUCUUCGCCAUCGCCAUCAGACAAGCUCAAACCAUCCAAGUCUCCACCACCACCAAGCAGUCCAGCAAGGGGGGCAGCAAAGGCAAAGGCAAGACGCAGCAGAUGUCCUGGGUGGAUUACAAGGCCACGAAGACGCUCGGGGCCGUCAUCGGCGUGUUCCUGUGCUGCUGGACGCCAUUUUUCCUGUGUAACAUCAUCGACCCCGUGGUGGACCACUCCAUUCCCGAGAUGCUGUACCAGAUUCUGAUGUGGGUCGCCUACCUGAACUCUUUGUUCAACCCCAUCAUCUAUGCGCUGUCGUAUUCCUGGUUUAGAAAAACGGCUGUGAUUCUAUUGAAAAUACGCUUUUGA